AUGUUUGAUUACGAUAAACUAGCGCUUGAUGUUGCAGUAUUCAGUCUAUCACCACCUGUUGAACCGCCUAAAUGGUCAGAAAGUAUUCCAAUUGAUAAUGAUUGUGGAUCAUCAUCAGGGUAUGGCUCUCCUGGACGAACUCCAUUAGCGAGUCCGCAGAAUAACGAAAUAUUGACAGGAUUAUCUCUUCCCGCUCAUAUUCAACGAGCUUUCUCAGAGAGUUCCGAUGAUUCAUUAAUUUCCAAUUAUCUUGGUGUUGGAGUCACUCCAGUCACGUCUCCCAGCCAGCCUCCAUCAACAGAUCCUUAUAAGCAACGAACUACGGAUCCAGCAGCUGCUCCUCUGGCAUUAGAGGAUGGCUUCAGUCCUGACGAAAUCGAAAGCUUCGAAGAACUUUUGUGUUCACCAAAAAAGCAACCUCCAACCAAAUACCAAUGUCACAUCUGUUAUCGUACCGGACAUUACAUAUCAGACUGCCCCAUGAGAUUCAAUACUCCUUAUGACGAAUUAACACCUUAUCAAGGACGCAAGAAAUGCUACGGAGAGUUCCAGUGUCAACAAUGCAAAAGAAAGUGGACGAGUCAGAAUUCUGUUGCAAAUGAAGCUCAAUCCUGCAUAAAAUGUCACAUUUCUGUCUUUCCUCACAAACAGUUACCUGUUGAGAAAGCUGUCACAUUAGGUUUAAUCAAAUCUCAACAUGCGAUUCCAUCGAAGAUAGCUCCUAUCGGACAUGGACGUCCUCCAAACACCAAAAUUCACACAUCGCAUAGUUCAUCAAGUUCUUCUUCAUCCACCUCUUCAGUAUAA